AUGGCUGCAAUUCAGCGUUUGAGAGAGUUAAUCAACGAGCGACUAACUGAUGCUGCUGAAGAAAUAUUCCGAGAUUUUCUAACAAUUAUCUCAGAGUACGAAAAAGAGAUCAACCGUCAGCGCAGACUGCUGGAUAUCGUUUGGAAACCUGAAAUAAAGCUACACAGAAUAGAGCUCCCACAGCAACAUGUCUAUGAGGAGGAGGAGGUUCUCACUGACCAGCAGCUCUGUGACCAGGAGAGGAACUCAAGUCUGGACCACGAGGAACCAGAGCCUCCACAGAUAAAAGAGGAACCAGAGGAACCAGAGCCUCCACAGAUUAAAGAGGAACCAGAGGAACCAGAGCCUUCACAGAUUCAAGAGGAACAAGAGGAACGAGAGCCUCCACAGAUUCAAGAGGAACAAGAGGAACCAGAGCCUUCACAGAUUCAAGAGGAACUCUGCACCAGUCUGGUGGGAGAACAGCUGGUACUGAAGCCGGAGACAGAAACCUUGAUGUGGACUCCUACUUAUGAGGAAAGUGAAGAUCAGACUCUGGACUUGAGUCCUGAUGAAACUCAGAUUGCGGCAGAGGAACAGCAUUUUGUCAGCGUGUCAGUUAAAAGCUUUGUGGAUCCAGAACCAGACAGUGACGAGCAGCUCCUCUCUCACAACUCUCAUGUAGCUGAGAACCAAGAUCACGAAGGAGGCGAACAUGAAGAUUCAGGAUCAACUAGAAAUGCAGAACCAAAACCACAGAAGAGACAUCACAGUAGAGAAAAUCACAACAAUGAAGACAAGUCUACCACUGUAAAGAGUCUCUGUUUUAAAUGUGACACUUGUGGGAAAUUGUUUGCGAUCAAGUCCAUGAUGCUCAGACAUCAGAGAAUCCACACAGGUGAGAAGCCGUACCAAUGUGAGACUUGUGGGAAAAGAUUCUCUGAGUCGGGCACAUUAAAAGGGCACAGGAGAAUCCACACAGGUGAGAAGCCGUACCAAUGUGAGACUUGUGGGAAAAGAUUUUCUAAGACGAGCACAUUAAAAAAGCAUGAAAAAAUACACACAGGUGAGAAACCAUACUCAUGUAACACCUGUGGAAAAAGAUUCUCUGACCGGUCUAGAUUAAAAGAGCAUAUGAAAACACACACAGGUGAGAAGCCGUUCUCAUGUAACAUUUGUGGGAAAGGAUUCAGACAGAUGAACGGAGUAAACCGGCAUAUGAUAACACACACAGGUGAGAAGCCGCACCCAUGUGACAUCUGUGAGAGAAGAUUCUCUCACGUGGCUAUAUUAAAAUCGCACAUGAGAGUCCACACAGGUGAGAAGCCGUACCCAUGUGAGACUUGUGGGUUAAGAUUCACGCAGUUGGGCACAUUAAAACUGCAUAUGAUAACACACACAGGUGAGAAGCUGUACCCAUGUGACAUCUGUGAUAAAAGAUUCUCUCUGCUGGGAAAACUAAAAGUGCACAUGAGAGUCCACACAGGGGAGAGGCCGUACUUAUGUUACACUUGUGGGAAAAGAUUCAUGCAGCUGAGCGUAUUAAACCUGCACAUGAAAACACACACUGGUGAGAAGUCGUAG